CCGUGCACGGCAUACAGCUAGCAUAGCCAGCGGUCUUGUGCUCGAAGAGACAGUUGCUCGUCGAAUCUUUGCCUGUACCAAGAGACAGCCGACUUCGCCUUUCGCUCACUUCAGCAAGUGGAUCAGCAUGGAGAGCUCCGGUCUGCAGCGCAGCUUCUUGGUCGCGGCGCUUCUCGUCACCUGCCUUGCUGUCGCUCUCGACGCCGCGGCCGUCAGAACGAGGAGGGACGUUGACGAAUCGACGAAUGAGAACCACGUCAAGAUGUGUCACGCCAGUACGCCGUGCGGGUGGGCUGUCUACGUUCCCUACACCAGGCGUGUCGACUACUUCAUGAAGAACACGUGCGAGUGCCCGAAAGGCAAGACGUGCACCAGGACGGAUGAUGACCUCUCCGUGUCUGCUUACGUCUACAGGUGCAGAGACGCGUAGAUCGCAGUAUCAGCGGUCCCUGCAACGCCACUGCGCGGGCAGCCACACGAUUCUGCUACUACCGAUGCAUAACUUGUUCCUAUUGUCUACAUCUCAGCAGCAGUUCGUCGUCCACAUCAAAUCUUCAUUUUCCUUCAAACCAUUUUUUCAGCUUACAUUCAUCAACUCUUUAUGUACGGAGAUCAGUUCCUAUGUUCAUGGAACGCUCAAGUGGUCCAUUAGAUGGGAGAAUUAAAAGUUAGUUUGAAGAAGAUAUUUGAUCUUAAAUUGAUAUGUGUACGUUGGUUGGUCCAGAACGAAAGUAGUGCCUCAUAUUUUUUACUUCAUCCGUGACACCAGUUCCAAAUAUUUUUGCAAAAUAACUUACUACAAUAGCUUAUUGUAGAGACAUUUUUUCAUACAGAAAACCCUCUUUAUACGAAAUUUUUGUCCCCUUUCUUCAACCAUUCAGUAUUCACGUUUCCCCAAGUGGGAAACUGUAUUUCAGUCAGUGUGAACUUGUGUCCACAGAUAACUUGUGAGAUACUGGUCAUGCCGCUGGCAGUGACAACAUCGAAAUCAUAACACCUCUGUUGGUAUGUUUUAUUUACUCGCGUGAAAGGCCAGUACUGUAGGGUCAUAGCUUAGUACUGGCUGGAUAUGCGUAUUUAGUCACUUGGGAAGGAAACAGUAGUCUCUUAUUUAAAACAGGAACUUAAUAUGAGGUACUAUGUUUUGUUCAGACUGCUCUUCAGUAUUCUUCUCAUCAGUGCAGCAGAGCACAUAGCCAUAGAAGACGAAUGCACUGCACAACAUUAAUGUGGUAAUAUGUUCUACGACACAAAAUUUGUUAAAGAAACAUCUUUUAUCAAUUUAAUGAAUACUAGAAAAUUCAGCAGCUGAUAAAUUAAGAUUUCACUGUCGUUGUAAAAAAGAUGUUGACCCUUUAAUCAGUGUAUUUCAGUAUAAUGUGAUUAGUUUUCACAGAAUUAGCAGUCAUUUCUUCUUGAUAAAUAAUACAGUAUUGUACCCCUGUACUUAAUUAUACAAUUUAGAACUGAACACACAGAUCAAAAUGUAUAUCUUAUUACGAAAAAAAAAUAUUGGUAGUUUUCUUAACAAAUUUAGUUUCGCAAAGUUAUCAGAACACAGAUUUUUAUAUUAAGAAACAAUUGUGUUGUUUUCUGAACAUCUGAUUUCGUGUUCUGUCUGUAAAUGUCGAUCAUCUACAACAAAUAUCAUCCCAAAAUACCAUUUACUUGUAAAUAAUUGCAUACUUAUUCAGUAUCAUGUGAAAUAGGUGUUGUUCCACAUGAACGUACCAGACUGUGUCACAUGUUAAAUAGCACAUUUCAGGUUCUAAUUUAUUUGUUUAAUAUUCUAUCAGACAACAAACGCUAAUUUCAAAUGUAAAUUAUCGUUUUAUUUAUUGUUGUAUAGUAGCUUGUAUUUAUACUCAGUAUUUUUUUAAUAAUUUUGUUACUCCUUGUUAUAAAGUAGUGUGCAAAAGUAAGAUGUUGCAUAUG